AUGGGUCUUGAGUUGAUUGCGGGGAUCGACGAGAGCAAUUCCACGCAGCGAUUCCUGGUAACCUCUCUGGCAGCCAAGAGCUACCGAACUGACCAAAACGCCAAAAGAGGGAGGAAGGCGGUUGCCCCGGCGCCCCGGUAUGAGCUGGAACAAAUCCCCCUGGAAGCCCAGAAGGCCCAGAAAGCUGAAGAAAAAGAAAAGUAUCUUCAGAAGGCCAAGAGAAGAGAUGAAAUACUAGCUCUGCUGAGGAAGCAACGAGAAGAACGGAUCACGAAAGAAUUGAUUGCUCGUCUACAUAAACCAAAGACCCGAGCAGGCCAGGAAAGGGCAAUGGCAUCUGAUUCUGAUGUUAAUGAUCAAGAAACAGUAAAGGCUCUUGUUUAG